AUGCUGGAGCAAGAUCGCGGAGCACUUCCAACCUCCAGGAGAGUGGAGAUGUCCCUCCCGGCCACGCCCCCAAGGCCCUCCCAGGUCCCACCCCGUAAGGCCGGCGCGGGCGGGAGCUGCGUGCUCGCUCCCGCCCGGACGCGCAGCCACGCCCCGAGCGGGCGAUGGACGCGCAAUCCCGGCGCCCUCCGCGAGGCGGCCGUAGUCUCCGUAGGGCGAGGCGCUGGCGGCCGGGCAUGGAGAGCGGCCCCACGAGCCCGCAGCCGCUGGGACAAGGGGUGGCGACCACACCAGCGCCGGAGGACCGACAAGAGAACCGGCUUGCAGCGGCAGACGGUCCCGGGGCGCGGGCGACGGAGAGCGGCGGCGCGGGCGGGUAGGGGGCGGCGGCCGGCACGGGGAGCUUCUUCGACCCCGCGUCUCUCGCGGGCUCCUCCUCCUCCACCUCCUCCUCCACCUCCUCCUCCUCGGCCGUCCCGGGAGCCGACUCGAGGGAGCCCGCAGAGGAGAGCGCGGCGGCGCCGGCGGGAGGCCGGCGGGAGGGCGGCGCCGGCGGGAGGGCGGCGCCGGCGGGAGGUGACCGCCCGGCCAGAGCCAGCUGCGGCCGGGGACGCGCGCACCUGCCCCGAGGAGCCCCGCCGUGCCCGCGGCGCCUGCAGCAGCGGCAGCGACCCGAGCCCGCCCGAGGACUCGCCGAGCCUAGAUUCCCUGGAGUCCUUCUCCAACCUGCACUCUUUCCCCAGCAGCUCCGAGUUCAACAGUGAGGAGGGCGCGGAGAGCCGGAUCCCCGAGGAGGAGCAGGAGGGCGCGGCGGGGGCGCCCGGGGCUGCGCCUCUGUGCCGGGGGGAGGAUGAAGACGACGCCGCACUGGGGCCAGCUGCCACCAAAGAGCGCUUCCCCGGGCAGUCGUGUGUAUCACAUCAAGUGGAUCCAGUGGAAGGAAGAGAACACACCCAUCAUCACCCAGAAUGAGAACGGGCCCUGCCCUUUGCUGGCCAUCCUCAGUGUUUUGCUUCUGGCCUGGAAGGUGAAACUCCCCCCAAUGAUGGAAAUCAUCACUGCUGAGCAGCUGAUGGAAUAUUUAGGUGAUUAUAUGCUUGAGGCAAAGCCAAAAGAAA